AUGUCUUCUUUGAAGAAUAAUUUGCUUUGGGCAAGCGGAUUCCUGGCUUUUGACUGUGUGGCCGCCAAAUACGUCACACGAGCAACAGUAAACGCAGACGUGAUCAUUAUUGGUGGAGGUGCUGGCGGAGCCCAUGCCGCUGUCCAGCUUUCAGAUGCCGGCCAGAAAGUUAUUGUCAUUGAAAAGCAAUCUGAUUUGGGUGGUUCCGUCGACAGCUACAAUGAUCCUGCUACUGGAGUGAAGAGUGAGCUCGGCGUGGCUGCUUGGGUCGAUUACGGCAAUACCACGGGGUUCUUUGAUCGCCUCGAUGUACCUUAUGCAUCGCCAGACUUCUCGCAGACACCUUGGAAGUAUUUUGACUUCACCACCGGCCAAACUCUGACGAACUAUACCUCGCCCUCCCAAGAGGCCUUGUCUGCUGCAUGGUUUCGUUAUAUCAAUGCUACCAAACUGUACGAAAAUCUCCACAUUCCAGGAUAUUUCAACUUUCCGAACGGCAGCGACAUUCCUGAAGAACUCCUCAUGCCGUUUGGAGAUUUUGUUCAGAAAUACGACCUUGCCGCCACUUUGCCCAGCAUUUUCUAUAUUUCUCCUGGACUUGGCACAGUGGUGGACCAGUUGACCUUGACGGUACUGCAGGCCUUUCCAGCAUCUAUGGCAGAGAGCUAUGUUGGCCAACGAGCAGGAUAUGUUCCCGCAUCGGGGCGCAACCAGGAUAUUUACGAUGCAGCGGCUGCUUUGCUAGGAGACAAGGUUUACUACAGCACCGAAGCCAUCUCUGCGAUACGCUCUGAUGACAGUGUUACCGUAACAGUGCAAAACUCGAUCACAGGCCAAGAGACCGUGAUCGCGGCCAGCAAACUUCUUCUCGCAAUCCCGCCUCAUCCGUCUCACUUCACCACCUUCGACAUGGAUACCAAAGAAGUCGAAGUCCUCAGCAAGCUCUCAUACUCUCGCCUGUGGGCCACCGCCGUGCAGAGCGACUCAUUUGCUUCGGACUUCUAUGCUUUCAACCUCCCCGCCUCCGCAAACGAUAGCAGCCAACUGCACUACCCAAGCCUUAAUUUUACCUCUACUUAUAUUCCUUUUGGUAAUGCUUCGAAGCUUGUUGCCACGGUCUCAGCUGGAGAUGACAGACUUGAUGCCAUGGAAACUCGGAAUCUUUUCAACCAGGACGUUGCAGCUCUUUCUGGGACUGGCGCAGUGCGCGCUGCUGACAAGGACGUGGAGGUCAUACAUUGUUCUGACCAUGGGCUGAUUCAUGGUCGGGCGACAGCCGAAGAUAUCAGAAAUGGUUUCUUCCAGGACCUUAAUGCCCUCCAAGGUUACAGAUCGACUUGGUAUACCGGUAACACCUUCGCGGCUCCUGUGCAAACUAUUAUCUGGGCUCUCAACGACCAGGAGGUGAUCCCUCGUAUCCUUGCAGCCUAA